CGUCGUUGCGUUCGGAUGUGAAAUAAAAAGUAAAUUUUGUGACAAAAAAAAUAUAGAAAAAGUUGAUAAACAAAAAUAAAAGAAUUUUAAGUAGAAGAUGAAAAGUGAAGAUUUAGGGGAUAUACCAGAAAAUAUUAUUUAUAGAAACAAUAUUGAAUCAAAAGAUAAGAAAGGAAUGAAGAGUUCAUUUUUAAUUGAAUCGUUGUUAUCAAACAAAUGUUCCAAAAAUGAUUUUGAGGAUGAAAAUAAUUGCGUGAGUGAUUCAAACUCGUGCAAUUCGUCGAUAUGCUCAAGUCCACCAAUCAGUCCAGGAUGUGAAAAUUUAGAGAAUAAUAUCAAUACUUCAUACAGUAGUCCAUCACAGCAUUUAUUCCCAAAUAUGCCACCGUUCAUGAAUUUCCCGCAUCAUUAUCCAAAUAUGGAAAUGUUUUAUCAUCCACGGCAAUUUUAUUAUGAUGGAUAUGAUUUUAAUACAGGACAUCAUGGGCUGUUCGGAAAAACAAGGAGGCCUCGUACAGCAUUUACAUCACAACAACUUCUCGAGCUGGAAAAGCAAUUCAAACAGAACAAAUAUUUGUCACGUCCUAAAAGAUAUGAGGUUGCAAGCAAUUUACUACUAACUGAAACUCAGGUCAAAAUUUGGUUCCAAAACAGACGAAUGAAGUUUAAAAGGUCAAAGAAACCACAAAAGGAUUCAGCAAAGAGCUCAUCCAAUAAAUCAAAAGAUCUCAAUUCAUCAUCAACCAGCUCAAAAAAUGAUCUCGAUAGUUAUAAAUCAGUUCCACUUAACAUUCAUCCACAACAUACAUUUAGUCAUAGUCAUCCGUUUGUUCCUGGUUUAGCAUGAAAUUAAUAAUUACUUUAGAUUUAAGGCUUGAUUGUAAAAUAUUUUUAGGAAUAAAAUGAGAUUAAUUUUUACUUAAUUCAA